AUGUCCGUCAGCGCUCUCUCCAUGUACCAGAGCUGCCCGCCCGGCCUCACCUCCGCCAACGGCACAGCUUGCAACGCUGCAACCUGCAAUUCCACCUUCGUCGCCCCAGACGCUCGCGUGCCCAAGCCCACCUCCGACAGGCAGUGCUCGUCAUGCGACGCUGGCUUUGGAGGCGUCAACUGCAAUGUCUGCCAGUCAGCUGGCUCCUGCCAAGCGCGCAAGUCAUCGCUUGGUCUCAACACCCCCAACGCGCUCUUUGGCCAGAAUGAGACGCUCGUCUGCCACAAGCAGCCCUCAGCCGUCCACACCACCUACAUCGACUGCAACGUCAACCAGCUCACCGUCAAUGGCGUCUAUCCAGGCGAGAUGCGCAUGACCCUCUCCAAGACCUACAAGCCCGACUCGUUCUCCGAGACUGGUCUCGCCAGCUGGCCUCAAGAGAGCAACACGGCCCUCUCGCAGGUCUGGCUCAAUGGUGUAGAGCAGUUCUACUGCCAAGCUGCUGGCUGUUCCGCCAAAAACUCGUCAUCGACACUCAGUCCGCAGGGUGAUCCUGUGCUCGGUAGCAGUCUGUGGACGUGCACCUCGCUUCAGUGCUACUGCAUCCCUGGCACCGCUAUGUGCGGAGCUGGCUCGCUCGAUCUCUCGCCUGUCAUCAACAAGCUCAAUGGUACGCUCACCAUGCCGUGCGACUACGUUGACCCUAACAACGCCACUGCCACGUCGCAUUGCGCCUUUCGCGGGGAGCUGCUCAACAACUUCCUCGGCGAAGGGGGUCUCCCACUCGACAACUGUCAAUUCGGAUCGUGCAUCACGCAGUCGGAUCUGGACGAGUUCUACGCUACUGGCGCUGGCGAUGGCGAUGCCCAAGGGAGUGGCUCAUCGCUCAGCAAAGCCGUCAUCGCUGGUCUCGUCAUCCUCGGCGUAGCUGUCGCUGCUCUCCUUGCCUUGCUGCUCUUUGGCUUUUGGCAGCAGAGGAAGGCACGUCGCCUUCCCAAGUGUGCUGGGCAGGGACCUGUCGGCCUGCAAUGGGAGCACCUCAACUACACUGUCCCGCUCAAGAAGCGCUUUGGCAGGCGCAACAAGAAGGUGGACAACGAUGAUCUCGACGAAGCACUUCCCUCUUCUUCCUCGCACGAAGGAGCCGUUGCGCAUCUCGACUCGCCCGCCUUGGACCACCAUGAUCUGUCAGUGGUACGCAACAGCUCAGGAAGCAUUCAGCCUGGCUGCAUGGUGGCUGUCCUUGGUCCCUCCGGCGCCGGUAAGACCAGUCUGGUCGAAAUUCUGGCCGGGCGACACAAGAUCGGACGCAUCUCGGGCACCAUUCGCUCCAUCGAAGCUUCUCUCGCUCCCGAGACGGGCCACCCAUCGCGACGCACGAUCGACUUCAUCGACCAAGAAGACGCUCUGCCUGCCUUCUCUACUGUGCGCGAGGCGCUACAAAUGGCAGCGGACCUUUCCCUGCCUGACAACGUCCUGCGCGCCGAGAAGCGCGAGAUCGUCGACACGGUCAUCCACCAGCUCGGUCUCGAGCGCGUCGCCAACAAGCGCAUCGGCGAUGCAAGCCGUCGUGGUCUCUCAGGAGGUGAGCGACGCAGGGUGUCCAUUGGCUGUGCACUUGUCUCUCGCCCACGCCUGCUCAUCGCCGACGAACCGCUCUCCGGUCUGGACGCCUUCUCCGCCUCCCGCGUCAUCUCUGCCUUCCGCGAGCUGGCCGCAGGCUCGCAGCUCGGAAGCACAACAGUCAUCGUCACGGUACACCAACCGUCGUCCGAGAUCUUCUACACCUUCGACCAGGUGCUGCUCAUGUCGCAGUGGUCGGUCAUCUACCAUGGACCGCCGGCCGACUCGCUGGCCUGGUGCGAGAGGCAGGGUGAGCAGUGUCCGCGCGGUCACAAUGUUGCUGAUCACCUGCUUAAGAUUGCAUCUCAUACCGAUGGCUCUAGCUGCAACAGCGGUGGCGAGAAGCUGCAUGAGAAGAGGAGCAAUCUGUCCACCGUCGGAUCGCCCAGUGGCGAGGGCUCGAAUGGGCUCCCUGCCGAGAACCCAGCGAUUGCCGCAGGACCAGCCUGGGAGAAGACAGUAGGUGGGUCCUCCAUGUCCACCUUCAUGACGCAGCUCACCGUGCUGAGUCGGCGCAACUUCAUCACUGCUCGUCGGGACCCUGCUGGCGCUCUCGCGCACAUCCUCGGCUCGGCCAUUAUCGGCUUGAUCGUCGGUGGUUGCUUCUACCAGGUCUCACUCACCAUUGCCGGCUUUCAGAACCGCGUCGGAUCGAUGUACUUCCUCUUCAUCCUGCUGAGCUUCUCGGCCUUGUCGGCGGCGACGGCGCUGACCAAGUCGCGGUCGCUCAUGAUGCGCGAGCGCGCCAACUCUCUCUACGGUCCCACCGCUUGGCUUGUCAGCUACGUCGCAUACGACGCUUUGCUGCUGCGCGUCAUCCCGGCGCUGCUGUUGAGCACCAUCAUGUAUUGGAUGGUAGGCAUGCAGUCGAGAGCCGACUACUUUUUCGAGUUCAUCCUCAUCGCCAUCCUCUUCCAUCUGGCCAUGGCGUUGUACAACAUGCUCCUCGCCGCUCUCAUCGAGGAUCUCUCCAUCAGCAUCCUCUUUGCCGGAGUGUUUAUCCUGUUCAACAUCGGAUUCGGUGGGUUUCUGCUCAACCUCAACGACCUUCGUGGCGUCUUUCGGUGGUUGCAGUGGGUCUGCCCCAUGAAGUACGCUCUGGAGGCGGUGGCGAGCCACGAACUGGAGGGACUGCAGCUGAUCGACCAGGUCGGCGGCGUGUCCAUCAGCGCCAGCGUCAGUGUCUUUAGUGGCAACCUGUUUGCGUUCAAGCCGGAUGCGUUUUACAGAGACCUGCUCGUGUUGGCACUAGGCUUUGUCGUCGGGUUCUUUGCGCUGCUGGUGGGCGCGGUGGGGUGGAGGAUGCGCGAGAGACGUUGA